UUCCUUAAAAAUUCCAUCGACCAAACCAUAAAACACUAAAGAUAAAGAAAGAAAGACACCCACCACAGUCUCUCGAUGUCCUCCGUCUCCGGCCUCGCAUACGCCUCCUGGGGGAACAACGUCUUCGACGCCUUCUCCAUCGAACCGUGGGAUCCCUUCGACGGCCUCCCCUUCCGCUCCUCUUCCUCCGGCCCCCGCUCCUUCUCCUUCGUCGGCGCCCGCGUCGACUGGAAAGAGACGCCGGAGGUGCACGUGUUCAGGGCCAACCUCUGGGGGCUGAAGCAGGAGGAGGUGAGGGUGGAGGUGGAGGACGGGCGGAUCCUCCGCAUCAGCGCCGAAAGGAGCCGGCGGGCCGACAACGCCUGGCACCGCGUGGGGCGGAGCGGUGGCAGGUUCCUGAGGAGGUUCCGGCUGCCGGAGAACGCCAGGAUGGAGCAGGUGAGGACGGCAAUGGAGAACGGCGUGCUCACCGUCACAGUUCACAAGGGGGUCUUGAAAGGGCGUCUCUCGUGAUCUCGGCACAGAGAGUCUUGUUUUGGAUGGUAAGUAAGCGUCUUAUGGACGUGUUGAUGCGUGGUUGGGCUUUCGUACGCGUGGUGUUUGCUAUCGUUCACCAGUGUGGUGGAAUGGUGCAACAACAAUAACUAGGAAAAAGUGAAUGAAAAGAACGGACACUUAUGUUUCCCUGA